AAUAGCAGGUGUAUUCCUGACUAAUCCCACUGCAAUCCUGCCUCUGGGUUUCCUCCACAGUCCUCAUGGUGAAGUCAACGGAAGAAGCAUCAUGCUCAAAAUGAGAAAACAAAUAUUCUGUCUUCUUGCCAUUGUAAUUCUCGCAUCAACCCAAGCUGAGGCGAAGGAGCAACUAGAGGAGCUCAUGGAGUCAGUGGGAUUUGUGGAAGAGGAGGAGUUGCUGGAGUGUUUCCGUUGUGACCUUGGUUUCUGGGACGCCUGCUACACCACAGAAACCAACUGCAGCCUCGGCGAGCGCUGCUUUACAGGCCGAGGGAAAGCAGCGGAUGUUCUGGAUGUGAAGACGUUGGGUUGUGUGAAGGCAGAGGAGUGCGAUGUGGAGACCACGGUGGAGCUCUUCCCUAACAGAACCGUCUUCGUCAUGACCAAACGCUGCUGUGACACUCCGUUCUGUAACUCGGCACACACAUGUCCUAUCUGCACUCUUUUGUACCUCACUGUUGCGCUCCUAACUGCCUGUCGCAUAACUGACACCUCGAUGGGAUGACAAUAAAUAAAUUAGAAUUUAUUUAUUGAUAUAAAAAAAAAAAACACUGAGCACAGCGAUGCGAAAUGGACUGAAAAAUUUCAAUCUUUCAAUUUCCUUUUUUUUUUUA